AUGGAAGACUCGGUGCCAGACACGCCCAUCCGGGACAGAAAGAAUUUCCCCGGCACCCCCACGGACGAGACAGAGUAUGAGACUAUCGCCACUGUGCCCAUUGCGGCGCCGACAUUCACUCCCUCCCAGCGAUGGACGCAGCCAACACAAUUGAUUGACGGGCCCUAUUCACGUCCCCACAAUGUCCCUAUUCAAGUCGCUGCCUCUUCCCCAACCGGACCUACUUCUUCACCCCCUCAACGCUUCCCCCAAGGCGGCAUUUUAUCGUCCCUCAUCGCCCCUUCUGGCACCCACUUUCGGCCACCCCCUACCAUGACUGGUCCUGCAAAGCGUACACCGGUCUUCGAUCUCGAGGACGGCCCCACCUACCGCGGUGGUUCCUCGGACGAAGAGACUCUGCAAAGCACAGACAUCAAGCCAGCCAUGUUCGAAAAGUCGGCCCGCAGCCCUGAGAAAGUUGUCGAGUCGCCUGUCCGCCCUGCCAUGAGCGCUUUGGAACGCUUCCGGGAGCUCACUGCUUCAUACACCGCCGGAAACAUGAAACGCUCCGCCGACCAGAUGAGCCCGACCGGCGAAAAGGGGGUUGCGGUCAAGAAGGCUCGCCAGGAUGCGCCAGCGCGGGCGCAGCCUGUUCAGCCCCAAUACCUGUCGGUACAGGACAUUGGUGACUACCGGGUCAGAGUCAAGGUCGAGCGACUGUUGAUGGUGAUGCCGAACAAAACGAUUCAAGCCUGCGUCGAUGCGCUGAUCCGCGCGAAUGGAAACUACGAUGGGGCUUUGGAAUAUCUUGCCAACAGCGACGAUGCAGAUAAAAGGAAUGGCCGUUAUUCUCCUCUCAUCAUUGAGUCUUCGGACGAUGAAUUGAGUACCCCGGCAGCAGCCCCGGUCCCGAUGCAAGCGGCCAAGCAGAACAUCAAGGCUCGCGGCACUAUUCAGGACAAGUGGGCUGCAAUGAAACUGCCAGGUGCCAGGGAUCAAGGCUCUUCGGAUGAAUCCAAACCUCGUCGACGCUUGAUGCGUGGUCCCAUGUCUCGUUCAUCUCCGGAUGGAACCUCCUCGUUUUCAGCCAUUUCGAUUCCAGACGCCAAUACCCCGCCGCCAAAGAAGCUGAACCGUCUCAAGCAAGGCCGACGGGUGGUAUCGCUGCGCUCCGAAUCUCCGGAAGCAGCUAUGAGCGACUCGGAGGAUUCAGAUGUUGUUGUACAAGAACCCGGUUCUUCAGGCAUCGACGAGAAAGUGCUGAGGUUCUUCAACACCUGCAACACAAAGGACCUGGCGGAUAUUGCUGCCGUCCCUGAAGAAACUGCCAAACUGAUAACCGACCACCGUCCCUUCGCAUCGCUCGGGGACGUACGGGUAGUCAGUGAGCCAGCUCCAGCCAAAGAUGAGACGAAACCCAAGAAACGAGGACGCAAAUCACUCAAGGCCAUAGGUGACAAGAUCGUUGAUAAAUGUCUGGAUAUGUGGACGGGAUAUAUGGCGAUUGAUGCUCUUGUUGCCGAAUGCGAGGCUCUGGGUCAGCCUGUUGCCGCCGAGAUGAAGAAAUGGGGGAUCGACAUUUUUGGCAAGCGAGGAGAUCUGGAGAUCACCUCUCUGGAUGCUGCUGCCCCCAAGUCCCACGACUCUGGAAUCGCUACGCCGUCAUCCAACCGUGCCGAUGACAGUUCCGACAGUGACGGUCCUGCGUCUGUUUCCCGCAAGACCUCUCGGUUCAUCUCUCAGCCGGCUAUCAUGUCAAAUGAUCUGGAGAUGAAGGAUUAUCAGGUUGUUGGUAUCAAUUGGUUAGCUCUCUUGUUUGAGCAGGAACUGAGCUGUAUUCUGGCCGACGAUAUGGGUCUUGGUAAAACCUGCCAGGUCAUUGCAUUCCUUGCGCACCUCUACGAAAAGGAUAUCAAAGGUCCGCACCUAGUCGUGGUCCCCUCGUCGACACUCGAGAACUGGCUCCGCGAGUUCCAAAAAUUCUGCCCGACCCUUUCGGUUAUGCCCUACUACGCUGGGCAAAAUGAGCGUGCGCUGAUUCGUGAGCAAAUUGAAGAUAAUCGUGACAGCAUCAAUGUCGUGAUUACAACAUACACGAUCGCCAAGGCCAAAGUCGACGCCAAGUUUCUGCGGGAUAUGGACUUUACUGUCUGCGUCUACGAUGAGGGUCACAUGUUGAAGAACCAUCAAUCAAUUCUGUAUGAAAAACUCAUUCGCAUCCCCGCCCGGUUCCGACUGCUGCUCACGGGCACGCCGCUCCAAAACAACCUGCAAGAACUGGCGUCGCUGCUCGGGUUUAUCCUGCCUAAUGUCUUCAAGGAGCAUAAGGAGGAGCUGCAGUUGGUCUUCUCGAACAAAGCGAAGACUAACGACGAGUCCCAUGCCACGCUGCUCUCAGCGCAGCGCAUCGAGCGCGCCAAGUCCAUGCUCAAGCCGUUUGUGCUCCGCCGCAAGAAGCACCAGGUUAUCGAUCUUCCCAAGAAGCACCUCCAUGUCGAGUACUGCGACAUGAACCCCUCGCAGCGCGAGAUCUACGAACACGAAAAAGAACGAGUCCGCCAACUCCUCGAAGACCGUGCCGCGGGCAAGAAGACUGGCAGCAAGACCACCCAUGUCAUGAUGAAGCUCCGCCAGGCUGCAAUCCACCCUCUUCUCGCACGGCGUCACUUCUCGGAUACCGUUCUCCGCAAGAUGGCCAAGGCAUGCCUAAAGGAAGAGCAAUGGGCGCUGUCCAACCCGGACAUCAUCUUCGAAGAGCUCCAACCCUACAACGACUUCGAAUGCCAUGAGAUGUGUCUCAAGAACCCGUCCUCACUGGGCAAGUUCAAACUCAAGGACGCCGAGUGGAUGGACUCGGGCAAGAUCGACCUCCUCCGCAGCCUCUUAACCCGCUUCAUCGCCAACGGCGACCGCGCUCUCGUCUUCUCCCAAUUCACCCUCGUCCUCGACAUCCUGGAGUCCGUGCUCGAGACCCUGAAAAUCGACUUCGUCCGCCUCGACGGCCGCACCAGCGUCGAAGACCGGCAGUCCAUCCUAGACGCCUUCCACGAACGCACCGAGAUUCCCGUGUUCUUACUGUCCACCAAAGCCGGCGGCGCGGGCAUCAACCUCGCCUGCGCGAACAAGGUCAUCAUCUUCGACUCCUCGUUCAACCCGCAGGAAGACGUCCAGGCCGAGAACCGCGCCCAUCGCGUCGGCCAGACCCGCGAGGUGGAGGUGUUCCGGCUCGUCACGCGUGAUACUAUCGAGGAGCAGAUCUUUGCGCUGGGGAAGACGAAGUUGGCGCUUGAUCAGGCUGUCGCGGGUGAGGAUGAGGCGGGCGCGAAGAAGAACGAAGAGGCUAAUAUGAAGGUUGUGGAGGAUAUGGUGUUUGGGGAUUUGGAGCCGAAUGCUGAAAAUGGGGUUGUCCCGGUGAAUGGGGAGAGCGAGGACUAG